AAUGGUGGGAAAGCUUUGGUGAACAGCAACAGCAACAAUAGAACUAGAGAAAAACUUGAGUAAAAAUUUGAGAGAACAAAAUGGUGGGCCCAUUUAUGCAGGGCAUGCUACUUAUAGGCAUCAUCUACUGGUAUUCCAAGAGCAUGAUGUCCAUGAUUAAUGAUUAUUAUCGCAGCGAAUUUCAAAGUAAGCUCCAAGCGGGCGGCAAUGCAAAGCAAGCCGCAGAGACGCCUCUGAAUGUCGAUAACUUUAUGGAUUAUGUGCGUGAGCUGGAAACUAAGGAGCAGCCAGAACAACAGGCAGUACAAAAAGUUUCAGAAAAUGCCAUCAAACCAUCAGCAGGCAACUCCCAUCAGCUUCUGUACUUCCUUAACAUCACAGGCGCCCAUGCCUCGCCUGAUUUUUGUAGCGCUGCAGACAGCUCCAUAAGCUAG